CAAUCUUCCCAGACUCCUUCCCACAGCUCUACCAUUCAAGACCACCAUGCUGCUUACCACCGGUUUAUCUUCAAAGGUUACCGGCGGCUGGUUCAUCCUUGCCCAUCGGUGGUUUGUCUUCAGCGUUUCAGGCUGCGCCUCAAGCGCUGUGCAUCUAGUACAGUGCUUGGACGAGUCUCACCAAUGAUGGCCUUGUCGCCCAUAUUGUGGUCUCGUCAAUGGCCCGCUGUUGGCUGAGAUGAUAUUCAUCUGUCCCUUUGCAUUAAACUCUAACUCCUUGCCUUCGAAUUCGACAUUUCGGCUUUUCUUCGUCACCAGGCCUCGGCAUGGAUAACGACAACAGCAAUUCCCGUCCCGACUUUGUCGAUCAUUCCGCGCGCAACUUCGAUCGCGACUCUGAUCACGACCCUGAGCACGGCUCUGAACACAACCCUGAUACCCCAUCUGAUUGCCCAUGGGUUGGCUUUUGUGUCCCUCGCCGGUGUCGCCUUUGCACCUACCCAAUUGAGCCUAACGAAUGGAUGGUAGCUACCCUUUACUCUGCGUUCGUAAAUAAUGAGCAUAGUAUUGAAGAUGUACCAAGGUUGAAGGAGGAGUUCAGGCCAUGCCCUCCAGCCUGUGCUCAUGAUCAGUCUUAUUUGAACGGAUCUGUCCCUGUAUAUCACGCAGAAUAUUUCGACUAUGCAGGCAAUCCUCGACACGACCUCCUCACCAUCACUUCCUUCUCGUUCGAACCAUUGCCAUUAUACGAUAUCAAACGAAAAAAGAGGAUGGUGCAGCUUCUGGCUACCAAAAUGGGUGAUAUGUGGUGUCACCUUCCUCAUGAGCUGUGCCUUAUGAUAUCCGAGCUUGUGGUUGGGAAGUACACGGUGCUACGCUACAAUAACUGUAUACUGCCCGUGAAGACCUACACCACAACCUGGAUCUCUCGCAAACCAUCUGGGCACGCGCAAUGCUGUCGGAGAUUGUACGACCCAGAAAUGACCCCCGAAGUCAACAUCUUCUAUGUGCUGGAAGAUCACCUGGGCAUGCGGGACCUGCUCUUUUCUAGUACCGAGAGCAAGCAAAUGAAUCUUUCAUCCGACCAUCUUGAACCAGGAUUCUGGUGGCGGGUUCUCUCGUCCCCCCAGGUACUCCAGGCAGAAUACGAUGUAAGUGCCUCUUAUUCACCCGAAGGUACACUUGGCCGACCAUUUUCCAUUUAUAAAUGGCGUGGAAUUCCGAAAUAUAGUGAAUGCGCCAACAUAUUCAUCGAAUCUCCACAACAUGACAUUCUCCGCGCCAUUGCCGCGGGAGAACGUAGCUGCCCUCAAGCUGUAUUGCCGCCCCCUAUCUCCUCUGCAACCUAA